AAAAAAAGGUGGCACAAAACCCUAACAAAAGUAGAAAGAACAAAAAGAAAAGCUCCGAUUCAGUUCAUUCCUUUAUCGAGUUUUGACCCAAUUGCAUUCCCUCAUUUCAAACCCGAUGACCUCCAAAUUGAGGAGUAAAGCCCAACUCAACUCCGAUUCCAGAAACCCACAUCACUUUUUCCAGACAUUAGUCUCGAAAUUUUGACCAUUUUCUCCCUUUUAACAUUUCUUUUUUUAAUAUUCUUGUCAGUAAGUGACCAGUCCUAUAUUAAUGUCUUUCUGUGUCUUAUAGCUUCUUUAUGUUAAUUGUUGUUAACGUUGUUCCAUAAACCCAGAAUAUGAUACUGUGAAGUUCUUGUGAGCUGUGAAGGAUUCUCGAAAUGGAGGGGAGGCUAAAAAUCCAAACUUUAUUGCACGUUUUCUGUUUAUUGUUACUGGGAUUGAGCUGGAAGAAGGCUGCAUUGGGAGCUUCAAUUGAAGAUGACAAGCAAGCUUUGCUGGAUUUUGUAAGGGAGCUUCCUCAUUUGAGGACAUUGAAGUGGGAUGAAAGCUUGCCAGUUUGCAAGAACUGGACUGGAGUUGGGUGUAAUGAAGAUGGUUCAAGGGUAACAUCACUGAGAUUACCUGGGGUUGGUUUCCAUGGCCCAAUUCCGUUGAAUACCAUCAGCCGUUUGUCAGCAUUGCAGAUCUUGAGCCUCAGAUCCAAUGGCAUUAAUGGGUCAUUUCCUUCGGAUUUUGGUAACUUAAAGAACCUGUCUUUUCUUUAUCUUCAGUAUAAUAGUAUUUCAGGGCCUUUGCCUUUGGAUUUCUCUGUUUGGGAAAACUUGACUAGUAUUAAUUUGUCUAAUAAUUUGUUCAGUGGUCGGAUUCCCUCUUCAGUUUCUAGUUUAAAGCAGCUUAGCUUCCUGAAUCUUGCUAAUAAUUCGCUUUCUGGCGAAAUCCCGGACCUAAAUCUGCCUCAUUUGCAGCUGCUUAACUUGUCCAACAAUAAUUUCACCGGCCCUGUUCCAAAAUCACUGCAAAAAUUUCCAAAAUCUUCUUUUUUGGGGAACAAUGUUACCAUUAUGGAGAACCCUGUUAGUAGUUCUCCUGUUGCUUCGAUUCCUCAAGAACCAAUUUUGAAGUCUAGGAAUAGUGGGAAAUUGAGUGAGAAAGCUUUGCUUGGCAUAAUAAUUGCUGUUAGUGUUCUUGUGCUUCUUGGGUUUGCUUUCUUGUUCCUAGUUUGUUUGUUAAGGAGGAAAAGCACAGAGAAUGUGUUUCCUGGGAGUAAGCUGGAGAAAGGUAACAUGUCGCCGGAGAAGGCGAUUUCAAGGAAACAAGAUGCCAAUAAUAAGUUGGUUUUCUUCGAGGGUUGUAACUAUGCUUUUGAUUUAGAAGACUUAUUGAGGGCUUCUGCUGAGGUAUUGGGUAAGGGCACAUUUGGAACUGCUUAUAAGGCUAUAUUGGAGGAUGCAACCAUGGUGGUUGUAAAGAGAUUAAAGGAGGUUGGAGUCGGGAAACGGGAAUUUGAGCAGCAAUUGGAGGUUGUUGGGAACAUAAAGCAUGAGAAUGUGGUUGAGCUAAGGGCUUAUUACUACUCAAAAGAUGAGAAACUCAUGGUGUAUGAUUACCAUAGUCAGGGAAGCCUUUCUGCAAUGUUACAUGGAAAAAGAGGAGAAAAUAGGACUCCUCUGGAUUGGGAAACUCGAUUAAGGAUAGCGAUUGGUGCAGCUAGAGGCAUUGCUCGAAUCCACAGCGAGAAUGGCGGGAAGCUAGUUCACGGCAAUGUCAAAUCCUCAAACAUCUUUCUGAACUCUAACCAAUACGGUUGUGUAUCAGAUCUCGGGUUGUCAGCAAUAAUGAGCUCAUUGGCUCCGCCAAUAGCCCGUGCAGCUGGCUACCGUGCCCCAGAAGUGACAGACACUCGGAAAGCCACACAACCAUCCGAUGUCUACAGCUUUGGAGUAAUGUUACUCGAACUGCUCACUGCAAAAUCACCUAUACACACAACAAGUGGGGAUGAGAUCGUACACCUUGUCCGGUGGGUUCAUUCAGUCGUCAGAGAAGAAUGGACAGCAGAGGUGUUCGACAUGGAGCUGUUAAGGUAUCCAAACAUCGAAGAGGAGCUUGUGGAGAUGUUGCAGAUAGCUAUGGCUUGUGUUGUUAGAGUGCCGGAUCAGAGGCCUAAAAUGAGUGAGGUCGUUAAAAUGAUCGAAAAUGUCAGGCCCGGCUCGGCUCAGUCCCAGAACAGAACAUCUGGUAAUGACUCCAAGUCUGAAAAUGGUGCAGCAGCAACCACUACAACAACCACAACAGCACCAGAACCAGUGCGAUUCGAGUCAGAUUCGUCUUGCUGAAUCUACUCCCCGACACGUUAAGUUUGAGUAAAUUAAUGUGCAUGAGAUUUGCGUUGUUCACCCGCUCCGUGAAUAUGGCAAGGAUUGAGAUUGAUUAGUGAUCACUUCAAUUGACUUAAUCCCACGUUGACGGUAGAGGAGGAUUAGGUUGUGCAUCGGUUUGGAAUGGGUCAAUGCUGCCAUGGUUGGCUGAAAACAAUGAAAUGAAUUUGUUCUUACUUAAGAAGCUUGGGUGUAACAAUCUAAGUAUGGGAUUGUUUGUCACUUGUCAAUGCUAUUAGCUCUGCAUCUCAUUUUGCAUUGUUCACUCUGAUUAUUAUUAUUAUUAUUUUUGAAAAAAUAAUAAUAGUAUUCUUCCAUGCUUACUGCUUGGUGUUUUAUGAAGUGCGAAUCAUAAAAAAAAUAUUUUCACCG